AUGUGGAGUCCGGAGUCUGAAGCGGGCCAGCCAGUCGCGUGCGAUUACAAUUCCCUCCCGCGUCGGUACCGCGUUGCUUCCGUCCAGCCUCCGACUUGCUUCCGACUUGGAUCCACCGACGAAACAGGCAAUAAACCUGCCUCCGUGUUGCUCCCGUCACAGUUCCAGGAACCAGACUCGUGGAAAUAUCGCCAAAGAAGUCUCCCGUUACCUCGGAUACAUAUUUUGGGCAUAGUUGGACUCGUCUUGGGGCCGAGUUUGGGGCGCCAUGGGUCAACAGAGACGAAGCUUGUUGCCCUUAAUGAGGAGGCUCAACAUGCAGCCGAGGAUGAAAAGUCCAUGGGCCUAAUCCAGGCCAUCAAGCUGUAUCCAAAAGCUGUCGGCUGGUCAGUCGUGCUUUCGAGUGCGUUGAUCAUGGAAGGCUACGAUCUCGCGCUUCUUGGUAGUUUGUACGGUAGCCCACAGUUCAAUCGAAAAUAUGGAGUCCUGAACCCUGCUACUGGGAGGUAUGGUGUCAGGGCAAGCUGGCAAAGCGCAUUGUCCAACGGCGCACGGGCUGGUGAAGUUAUUGGCCUGAUCAUCAACGGUUUCGUCAGUGAACGCUAUGGCUAUCGGAAGACGAUGAUGGGUGCUUUGAUGGCAAUGAAUGCGUUCAUCUUUAUCCUCUUCUUUGCACCCAACGUACAAACGCUGGUGAUUGGUGAGGUGUUCUGCGGUAUCCCUUGGGGCAUGUUCCAGACACUCACAACACAAUACGCAUCCGAGGUCGCGCCGGUGCGCCUGAGACCGAUUUUGACGACCUUUGUAAAUAUGUGUUGGGUAUUUGGUCAGUUCAUCGCAGCUGGAGUAAAUCGUGCAUGUGUACAACGCCCUGACCAAUGGGCGUAUCGCAUUCCUUUUGCCCUCCAGUGGAUGUGGCCACUGCCAAUCAUGAUCGGAGUCUUCUUUGCACCUGAAAGUCCAUGGUGGCAUGUUCGCAAGGGCGACAGAGCUGGUGCCAGAGCGGCGCUUCUUCGCCUUACAUCGCCUGAGAAGGAUCCAAACUUCAACGCCGACGAGACAAUCGCCAUGAUUGAACACACCAACGAGAUGGAGAAGAAUAUGUCAGAGGGUACCAGAUGGUCCGAUUUGUUCAAGGGUACCGAUCUUCGCAGAACUGAGAUCGUCUGCUUUGCGUGGAUCGCUCAGACCAUCUGUGGAACCAAUAUCAUGGGCUACUUUGCAUAUUUUAUGCAAAAGGCUGGACUACCCACAGUCCAGUCCUUCAACAUGUCGAUGAUCUCACUCGCGCUCGGACUGAUCGGUACAGCGGGCUCGUGGCUGUUGAUGCAACACUUUGGUCGACGGACGAUCCACUUCUCGGGUGGCUGCAUACUCUUCUUGAUUCUCAUUAUCGUCGGAUCAUGCUCGUUUGCUGGAACUGAAGCUUCGAAUUGGGCCAUUGGCGCCGUGCUCAUCGUUUUCGUCUUCGUGUACGAUUUCACCAUUGGGCCGGUCACCUACUCUAUCGUAUCUGAAAUGUCGUCGACCCGGCUGAAAGCAAAGACGAUCGUGCUUGCCCGCGCAUUAUACAACAUUUCCAACAUUGUUGUCAAUGUGCUUACCAACUAUCAACUCGGAGAGGCCAACUGGGCGUGGGGUGCAAAGACUGCCUUCUUCUGGGCCGGAACUUGCGGAUGCGUCGUGGUUUGGGUAUACUUCAGGCUCCCUGAGCCAAAGGGUAGAACAUAUGGAGAACUGGACAUGCUGUUUGAGCAGAAGAUUAGUGCGAGGAAGUUUGCCAGCACCCACGUCGAUCCAUAUGGUUCUGGACAUGGUCUGGAGAAGACGCUGAGCGAGAAGGCAGCGGCACAUCCAGAGUGGAAGGAGUGA